AUGAAGUUUGGUAAGACAUUGCUUCGCAACCAAAUCCCAGAAUGGUCCAAGAACUAUCUGUCCUACAAAUCUCUCAAGAAGACAAUCAACGAGGCUGCCCGCAAUUCACCGCCAUCGGAAGAGGCUACGACUGCCAUUUUCUUCCAGCUGGACAGAGAACUGGAAAAGGUCGACACGUUCUAUACGUACAAGCAAUCGCAGAUCGACCGACGAUUGUGGAUCUUGUCAGAAAAGUACCACCAGUACAACAAUGAAAAAAGCGUCAAAACCAAUGGGGACGUGACCAGUACAGCUGCUAAUGGUGGCGGCGAUAACAACAACAGCAGCAGCACAACAAGCUCGUUGCCAGAUAUCCAAGAAGAGCUUGUCAGUGCGUUGCAAGAGACACGUGCGCAAAUGAGCAAAAUUAUGUGGUUUGCCGAGCUCAAUGCAAAGGGGUUCCGAAAGAUUUUGAAAAAGUUGGAUAAGAAACUCGGCCUGGACACUCAGAAUGUAUAUUGGCAGACCAAGGUUGCCGUGUUGCCAUUUGCAUCGCACGAACACAUCCGCACAGAAAUCGACAAGGUCAACAACUGGAUCUCUACACUGGCUGUGACUGAUGACCGGUCGUUGAUGCGCGAGUCGACCAUACGCCAUCCAGCCUCCGUAUCCGUCAAGUUGCCAAUGCCGGACACUAUCCGUCGCUACAACAAUCUCUUGACAGACCAGGAAAACGAGCAGUGUGCCGACGCCAUCGAUGCAGACGACUCCGAAAGGCUGGCAUUGCUACUCAGCAGGUCGAAUUCUUUGUCGACUGUCAAGUCAAAGUCAGACGCCGAUCAGGCACGCUAUACGCUUCUAGAACUUGCCGUUCAACGGGAUUCCGUACGCUGUAUCGAAUAUUUGGUCGAGAACGGUGCUAGUCCUCUAGACCAUCACGACAUCAACGAGCGCAACUUGUUGCACAAACUGUGUAUCUUGUGUGGUGAAGCUCGGCCGGAACAGGGAUCAUCGAAAGUCCUCGAAUCUCUCUUACAACUAUUACCCAAACUGCCCGUACAGACGGAUUUCGCUGGCCGUCGACCUUUGCAUUAUGCUGCCGAGUUUGGCCAAUCAGAAACUGUGCGUCUACUUAUGGAUCAUGCAGUGAAGCACGGUUACUAUAGUGAUGCGGGAUUUGCGGAUCCUGUUUGGCAGGAUCGUGAAGGUCAUACGCCUCUGUUCUUGGCCAUUCUCCAUGGCAAUUACCAAACAUUAAGCGCGUUGAUCGAAUUUGGCAACAUCAAGGAUGUCGAUAGAGUUAUCGCAGCGGCUUCCCAGCGACAAGCCAAUGUCAGCAAUGGUGUGACAAGUGACAACGAACAGAUUCCCGAAUUUGCUCGCUUGUCACACCAUCCCUCAGUAGUUGCCAUGGCAUGUGCACAAUCCAAUUUGGACCUCUUAAAUUUGCUCAUCGACAAUGGUGUCCAGGUGGAUCUUGCCGAUGAGGAUGGUGAGACCGCUUUGCAUAUUGCGAUCCGUACCCAUUUCACCGAUGGUGUUCGAGCCCUUAUCUCGCGCGGUCAUGCCAACGUCAAUCUUCCUGAGAAAAUCAACGCAUGGACACCCUUAAUCAUUGCUGCCAUGGAAGGUUGUCAAGAUAUUGUUGAGUUGCUCUUGGAGGCCAAGGCAGACAAGUCGUACAUCGACAACGGUGGAUGGGCAGCUUAUGAGCAUGCGGUGUUCCGUGGACAUCCCGAAAUUGGACGCUUGACGAAGCCGGAUAUCGACGUAGAGAAAUAUAAGUUCCCUGCUCCAGCUGCUAGUGGACAGAGCAAUGGCAGCCAAAGCCCCACUACGAAAGCACGAUCGCGAGCUGGCCGUCUGUAUGGUCACAAAUAUCUGACAGAUCAGUGCAUGAUUAUCAUCAAGUUGGGCUCGAACGACGUCCGGAACCCGCUGUCACAGCGAUUCUUGAAGCUUGAUGAUAGCACGCUUGACGAACAGCGUCUAUCCAUCUCCGUUUCAGCCAUCAAUGCUACCGGUGAAUUACCGAUCCUCGACUUGCCGCCAAACAACCAACAGCAAUUGUUGCAGCCAGAGCCCAUGGUGCUUUUUGCUACAAAGCCCGAAGACGUUGUUUUACGCUUUGACUUGCUGGAAACCUUUGGAUCACCACGGGCCGACAAAAUUAUCGCACGAGGUACAGCGACGCUGGCUACUGAUCUGAUUUACACAAAGUCGAGAGGAUUCAAGGGCCGGGCACCGGGCAAUUCAUCACUGAGAGGACAACAGUCGGUGCCUUUGGUGCAGGCAUCUACACUUGAUUAUAUCGGCUCGCUUGGAUUCGAGUACUUUGUGGUGACACCGUUUUUCCAUCCAAAAAUGACCGUUGGUGAUCGCUACACAUAUUAUAAAUCUCUAGACACUAAGAUUAUUGGUCAUCGCGGAUCUGGUAUGAACCAACGCGCACCACAUCUUCAGGUCGGCGAAAACACUGUGCUCUCCUUCAUUACUGCAGCCUCUUUGGGAGCUGAAUAUGUCGAAUUUGAUGUCCAGCUUACGAAGGAUCUGGUCCCGGUAAUCUACCACGAUUGGACAGUGACCGAAACUGGCUUUGAUAUCCCACUCAAUGCUAUCACAUCAGAGCAAUUUCUCAAUUUGCGACCUUCAGGCCAUAUCAAGGAAUAUCACACUGGUGUCAGUGACGGUACACACGGAGAGAUUCAACCAACUUUCAACGGCGCUGCUGCUGCUGCUGCUGCUACUACUCCCUCAUACGAUAUUCCUGCCGUUGAAACAACCGGAAAUGCGCUUAAAGUACCAUCACCACCCAACAAGCGUGUGAACCGUUCUAACUCGUUGAGCGCCAUUGGUGGAUCCACAAUGCAUGGUCGCACAGUUGCCAGCAAUCGACUUGAAUUUACACGCACCAACAAACUCGGCAAACUCAAGGGCAACGGUCCUGAAACCAUUCAAGCUCCCUUUACGACCUUGGCCGAAGCAUUGAAACUGAUUCCCAAAACCGCUGGUUGCAACAUUGAAGUCAAAUACCCCAUGAUUGAUGAGGCAGAAAGUGACGAGCUGCACCAGUUUCAAGAAAUCAAUAUCUUUGUCGACACAAUUCUCGAGUGCGUGUAUGAUCAUGCUGAACAAGAUCGACGAAUAAUCUUUUCCUCGUUCCAUCCUGAGAUCUGCGUUGCGCUGAAUCUCAAGCAGCCCAAUUAUCCCGUGUUUUUCCUUACGGAUGCUGGCACGUUGCCCAUGGCGGAUGUUCGCUGCAACUCGUUGCAAGGCGCUGUACGAUUUGCAAAACAGGCAGAUUUGCUGGGUAUCGUCGCUGCUAGUGAACCGAUCCUCGAGGCGCCACGAAUGACAACCAUCAUCAAAGAGUCUGGCUUGCUGCUUUUCACCUAUGGCGUGCUUAACAAUGAAGUAGAGCAUGCUGUUGCGCAGAAAAAUUACGGUGUCGACGCUGUAAUUGUGGAUUCUGUGGUGGCAGUACGUAAAGGAUUGCGAGGCGACUCACAAGCAUCUGCAUCUUAA